UAUUUUUCCAAUUUUUCGCUUUUUCAAUGUUUGAUUUUUCCAUUUCUCUAUUUUCCAAUUUUUCGACUUUUCUAUAUUUCAAUUUUUCGAUCUUCGAAUUAUUCGACUUCUAUUUUUCCUUUAGUCGAUUUUUGGAUUCUUCGAUUUUUGAAACUUCCAGUUUGUUAAUUUUUCGAUUCUUCAAUUUUUCGAUUGCAAUGUUUAGGUUUCCAUGCCGAAUUUCCUAUUUUGAUUUUUCAAUGUUAAAUUUUCCAGUUUUUCCCUUCGACGAAUAAAAAAAAUUAUCAGAAUUGAGAUAGCCAUCUUUUCACAACAAGGAACUUAGAACAUGGCUAAAGUGGUACAUUUUGGAAAGAAAUAUGGAUCUUGCAAUUGUGGGGCGGAGCCUAAAUGGAAAAUCGAUAUUUCCUUAUACAAAUUUUCCAUUUUAAACAUGUUUUAAGUUUCAUGUUGUGAAAAAAAGUCUACACACAAGAAGGUUAAUCAGAGAUUAAAUUUGAUUUGCGUUUAUGCAAAUUGAUCCACACCACAUUGAUCUAACAAUCUCUUAGCAACCCAAACUGUUCCCGUCACUGCACAAGUGACACCCCAAACGAUGAAAAUAUCCGACAACGCAACCUUAUGGGCAAAAAUCGGCACCAUCUCCAACGUGUCUUUCAUCGGCAAGGACGUGCUCUUCUUCGGGUCGGGUUGCCACCUCAUCUUCAUCAACCUACUCACGAACGAAGAGCACCUCUACAUGGCCAACAACUACGAAAACGGCGAUGGUAUCAGUUGUUACGUGGGUCAUCGGACCCAGAACGUCUUCGCUUUUGCCGACACACGCACCUUUGCUACGGUUUUCAUCAAGAGUUAUCCAACUUUCGAAGAAAUCCAUCGUGUGAAGGAUGAACAUUCCAAAGGGUAUAUUAGUCUGGCUUUUUCCGACAGUUCUUCGUGUUUGGUGACUUUAGCGGAUCUGCCGAAUUUUAGCUUGACGGUGUGGAACUGGAGGAUCGGGGAGAAGAUAGCUAGCCAGGAAGGGGGGAUUUUGAUGAGGAACCAAAGCUUGAAGUGUAGUUUUGGCGUUCCUGUUUUCUUUGCACAGUUGGGGUUGGAUAGUAAGAUGUUGGACAUUUGGGAUGUAUAUUUCUGUGGGAAAAAGUGCAUUCUGACGCAGCAUAACACCACGAUUGACGGGGAGUGCGAUAAUUUUACUUCGGUUUUGUGGACCACAGAAGGCGGACUUUUUGUUCUGGAUAGAAAAGGCUGUGUCUAUACUAUGUUACCAGACCACCGUCUCGAAAAGGUAAUUGAAUGCACACAACCCGUCAACCACACUACCUCUUUCACAUGGUACAAAUCUGGAAUAGCCGUUACAGGACCCAACAAAGAAAUCCGACACUACAAAAAAUCCGGCUCUUGGUCUAUGGACUGGGCAAUGAUACCACCAGAACCACCACAGAUUUUAAUAUCCAGAUAUGACCACCUAGUCGUCAUCACUGAAAAGCAAAAUAUCAUAACAGUGCACGUCGCACAGAACGAAUUCAAAUAUAUUAAAAAACACGAAAGUCAAUUUAACGACUUCUGUAUCGUGUUUCCAACGGGUACUCACAUGAUGGUACUAACACGCAACCACGCCAUCAACUGCUACAAAAUAGCAACCGGAGAACUGGUACGACCUGCUAAUACCCGAUCAAUUCUUACACGCGCUUUCCAGAUCAGUACUUUGGAACUAACCGGGCGAGCUUCAAAGAUCGUCGAAAACCCGAAAUUCCCAUACGCCGCCGUGGGUUUCGAAAGCGGCAUGGUCAAACUAAUUUCCGCUUAUUCCCCCAACAAACUAACAAAGUUGACCCAGUUUUUCCUAGCCCAACAUCCUGUUGAAAGCAUUUGUUUCAAUGAAUGUGGUACUGUUUUCGUGGUGGCGAAUCUCACUGUUGGACGCUUCUUCAUCAUCGAGGGUAUUCCUGGAGGCGAGAUGCAAAUAAUAUCGACUUUCGUCACUAAUCGUCAGAUUGCCGACCAAAUGAUCAUCGUUUCGCAAGACUGCUACAGGAUUUUUAUGAUUCCGGUUACUUCAAGUAUCUAUGUUGCUGGAAAUGUAGUACUGAGGUACUGCAUUAUCAAGAAUAAAAGUAUUGAUAUCAAACAGUACUCCUUCGAGGAAAAGAAUCUUCUAUGGAUGAGAAUUGUAGCCGUUUCGGGUUCUAGUAGAGAUAGACUUUUCUACGUCAUACCACAAGAUGGUAGAACUAUCAGUGAAGUGGAAAUAAAAAAAGGGGAAAUAGUAGGAAAGAUAACCCAAAAAAUCGUUACUGGUCACCAGAUGACAGACUUUUAUCUUCGUCUAAACAAGACUUACUCUUUAACGUGGGGUUUCGAUGGUUUAGUGAUAGUUCGAGGUUCAGACUUCGCCACAAACAUCGGAAUUUGUUUACCGCACCAUCGUGUUCACGCUGGUGUGCAAAAAGCCCAGAUUGAACCCCUAGCUAAGUACAUCGUCACUCUAGGACGAGAGGGCGUCCUGGCUUGCACACUGUUAACCGAAACUCAGGACAACUCCGAGCUGUCCCAACUACUCGAAACCAUCCACAAAUCAGACGACUUCAAGUUGAUGUUCUCAAGACGAACUAUAGGUUUCGUACCAAAAGGAAAAUACGAAGGCAAGUGUUACCUCGAAGUACAAGAGUUGGAACGGAUCGAGAAAGAGCGGAUUAAGUGUGCAUCCCAACGAACCACGCUUCUUCGCGAAUUUCGCAGUAUACAAACAGAAGUCCAGACGCUACUAACAGCCAACAUCACAGGACCCGAAAACGAACAACUAAGCUUGAGCGAAUUCGACAUGCACGUUCAAUUGCAUACCCAGAAAGCCACAGAACACAAAAAACAACGCAAAGCGAUGGAAGAGUACUUGAAGCAACUGAUGGAAGCGCAGAAUAAAGUGAGCGAAUACAUGAUGGUGACUUUCUGGGACACGAUGUUGGUACGAGCGACGGCAAUCAAAGGAAUUUUCGCAAAGUUUCAAGUACUCAACUAUGUUUUGUUACCUCCGAAUACCAACAGAGAAGUGGUUAUGGAAUGGAUCAGGCAGCAGCGAAAACUGGAGGGUCACUUGAACGACAUGAACUCGUUUCACGCUUGGGAGCCAAUUCCGGAACAGCAGCUGAUUCAAAUGCUAUCGCAACCGCCAACUUUGCCUGCUAAAGACGAACAUCUACAAGUGCUUUCGGCUCUAGAAUUUGACGCACCUGAGUUGGAAGAACCGGAAGAAGACGUUGAAACGAAAAUCGCGUUUUUUGGAUCUGACCUAGCACGGUUUAUCGAAAUUCAAGACGUGCAUUACGACCAAAACGAGCUACAAACGUACUUCCAAACCGACCUUCACUGGAUUAUCUCUAAGAGUGACUGCUACAAGAUUAAGGAGUUCUUCAACGAAAAGUUUGAUAAAGUGAUGACCCAAAAGGUUAAAGAAAUGUCGAACAUUAAGCAAAAGAACGAUCGUUUGAGGUACAUCGUUUCAGAGUUGAAUUAUUUUUCCGAAGACAAAAUUAGCAUGAGGAUUGAAGACCCGGAAUGGAAACAAAUCGAAAAUCCACAGUUACUCAUUGACGUGAAAGACGACGAAGUACCAAUAACUCCGUAUGUUUCACCAAGUGAGCAGGCGCUGUUGGAUGCUAAGGCUGCCGAAGCCGAAAGAAUACGACUCCUUUUAUUGGCUGACGAUUUUCGCGAAAGAGCGUUGAUGAAGAUGAUGAACGGAGUACUGGAAGUGCGGUGGGAAGACGAGUUGAAGAAAGACGUCCCGUUACCGAAAUGCAUGAUUGAAAAAGAGCCAGAGAAUUUUAACGAAGACGACUUGAAGGCGGUACGUGAGUACGAAGACAAAGUACAAUUCUUGAUGAGUGAAAGAGAGAGGUACAAAAUGUUACUGAAAGCUGAAUAUGCAAAACUAGCACACUCUGUGAGAGACAACAUCAAGAAAUUCAACGGGAAACUAAGCGACUUGCUUUACUUGAGGCUUCAAAUAGAUUCAGCUGUAAGUCAAGAGAGUCUAAAAAUCAACAGAAUGAAGCUGUUUCAGUACACGAGAAAAGAAAUGAUAAAGAAGGAGCAGGAAAUUCUGCAAAAAAUUUCCCAAAACGAAGAAGUCAUAUCCAGUUUGCAAAAACUUAUGCACACGAUUCACGACGCUGUCACUGAGUGUAGAAACUUCGUCGACUCUUUCCAAACCAAAGACAAACUUUUGGAUCGCUCCUAUAAGAAAGACUUCCAAGAUAUGUCUAUAGUAGUCCAAGAACAAGUUUCCAAGUUGUUCAGAAAACGCCCCAAAGUCAAUUUUCGCUCUGUUAGUUCUAAAACAAUGUUGAGCGAGCUCGCCAAAUGCAUUUUGACGAACACCAAGCCCACGCUAGGUCUAAAUCAUGAGUGUGUGGAGUUUCUGAAACAAAUGGAGAGUUUGGAUACCUAUGUGGGGGUACCUGCGGUGGUGGACGAACACACCUACGCCGUCGUCUGCAAACACCGAAGACUGAGAAUCGAGUACGAAAUCAGAUUGAAGGGGGCUCAAACUGAGUUAGCGGAAGCAGAAGCUACGUCUGCGGCAUUCCAUAAGACGCUUCAACAGAAGAAGGAAUUCAAUGUGAAGUUGUACAACGACGUGGGGGAGUUGAGGCAAUCGCUGAUAAACCUCGUUUGUGACGACGACAUGCAGAUUGUUCUACCGCGCGGAUUGGUGGAAAUUCCGAUGACUGGAAGCUUGGCGGAUUUUAGCGACGCGGUGUUAGUCUGUCGGAAAGAUGUCGAAGAAAUCAAUAGAAUAAUACUGGAAUUCGGCGACAAGAAAAUUAAAGCGCUCCAGAAGGGGAUGAAUUUUCAUAGAAAAAUUCUAGCGCUGGAGUGGGAGCACAAAAGGAUGAGAAUGUUGAUACAAGACUUGCAAGAGAAGCUUAUAGAUAUUGAUGGCGUGAGGCUCACCAAAGAAAUCCAGUUUUAUUUGAAGACUAAAGACAAAGAAAAAACAAUUCCGUUUGAAACGGAAGUUGACAUGAUCAAGGCUUCGUACGAGAACACGAUUCAAGACAGAACGGACAAGGUCAAUAAGAUGAAAAAACAAAUAAAGGGUAUUAAAGAUCACAACAAACAAAUUGAAAAGAAAAUAACUGAUUUGAAUGUGGAUGUGUGCGAGUUUAAUAUCGUUAGGGAUAAAGAGCUUGACCAGAAGGAGAGAGAGUGUAUAGACACAAGAAUGAAAACUUUGCUGAAGAGAUCAAAGAUGGUGCAACAGAUACAGGAUAAUCAUCACGAGAUACUAAUGCUACAGACGGAACUGGAGCUCUUGAGACUGAAGACUUUCCCAACUCUUAAAUAUAAAGAAGUUUAAGCUUUUAUUUUUACUAUUAUGUGUUAAUGUAAUUAGGAAAUGUUUUUUUCUUGGAACCCGAAAUUCAUAAAUAAAUAGCUCCCGUGUA